CUUGCAUCAAGUAAGAAGAAGCACGCUAUGUAUUAAAAAAUUUCGCUUGUAUACAAACAAAUUUGUAAAUAACUAAACAAGUAUUAAUUUUCAACAAUGAGCACAAAUACUUUCGGAAAUGGUUUAGGAUUAGACAAAUAUAGUAGUGAAGAUUUCUUCAAUAUGCUUUUGCGUUAUGGAUUAUUUGCAGGAGCUAUAUUUCAGCUUUUUUGCAUCGGAGCAUCGAUUUUCCUACCGCCAACUUGCGAAGAGUCAAUUUGUGCAGAGGCAAAUGUGGACUGCAAGGUUCACGGCGAAACGGCCAAUAAUAUACGACAACAACAACGGUUGCACAAAUUAUUGCUUGCAACGAUGAACAAACCACUGAUUGCGGUAUCGUAUCUGAUUGUGUGGUAGAAAACACAAAAAUUUGCGCAAUGGGCAAGCAAACUGUUUGCUUCAGAUAUUUUGAAUCUAUGUGUCAUCUAAAGUAUGAGGAAUGCAAAAAACAACAAGAGUACAUCGUUUUUUUGGACGUAUACUGUGACAACCCAGCUUUUAUGUGUAGUAAAGAAGAUGAAGAUUUUGAUUGAGUGAUUAAAAGGAGCUCAAAUAUAUUUAUAUGUAUCUACAUGUAUCUACUUCGUUAGUGUAUAAGCGCACCGCUCAAGAAUUUUUGUAACUGCAUAUGUAUGUGUGUUUGUAUAUGCACACAAGUAAUUUAUGCAAAUAAACACGUUUUGAGAUAAUCUUA